UAGUUGUAUCAUAGAUCACUUCUCAAAUAUAAUGAAAUAACAGGGGUGUUUAUGAAUAUCCAGAACAAGAUAAAAUAAAAAACUCGUUUUAAUUGUUUUUCGGGUAUAAAUAACAACGAUAAUCUGAUAGAUUGAUUUCAACGCAACAACACACACCACGAGAGGAUUUUGCUUCAAUCAUUCUCAUUUCUAGGGUUUACUCUGGUUCCUCUCGCGAUAGUUGCAACUUCUCCAUGUUCCCGCUAAAUUCCCAGCCAAUUUCCUCCGAUAUUCCUCCGAUCUAGGGUUUUACUUUACCUCAGUUUCUAAUUGAUUAUCUCUCUUCUUCUUUUUUUCAAUUUGGAUUUUUUCAUUAUGAUAAUCUUUUCGUUAUAUCGAUUUUCUUCAUCUGUUUCAUCUUCAAUCUCAAUUUCUCAAAAUCUUCGUGUUCUUGGACCUGGUUUGAACCCUUUUGCACCAUACGGCAUGGGUGAUCAUUCCUCUCGUUAAAUUUCUCCUUUACUGUUCACGUUUAGAUCUUCGAUUUGUGUCUCAAGGGACUUUUUUAGUGUUUUUGAAGUUUUUGAAAUUGUUGUACUCUUAGAAUCGCUUUAAAUUGAAGAGAGUUUUCAUCUGGAUUUGUGUUGUAAAAAAUUGGAUAAAUCAAUGCUGGAAGAAAAAAAGGGUCGUUCGCUGAAGCGAAAUCUGUCUAAUAGGCGGAUGUUAAGGUCUGAUGUUGAUAUUGAUGAUAGAGGUUGGAGUUCGCUACAUGUUGGUGCUCGAAAAGGUGAUUUGCCCGAGGUGAAGCGACUUUUGAGUGAGGGGCUGGAUGUCAAUAUUCUUUCCUGGGGUCCAAGAUCACAAGGUAUGACUCCGCUCCACCUUGCUGCGAAGGGAGGGCAUCUUAAGGUCAUGGAUGAAUUGCUUGAGAAUGGAGCAAACAUUGAUGCUAGAACAAAGGGUGCAUGUGGCUGGACUCCUUUGCAUAGUGCAGCUAAAGAACGAAAGAAGGAAGCAGUCAGAUUCUUGAUUGAAAAUGGUGCAUUCUUGGCUGAUGAUAUUAACGACUGCAGGUUUAAUCCACCCCUACAUUAUUGCUCUGGUCUUGAAUGGGCAUAUGAAGAGGCAAAGAAGUUACAAGAAGAAAGCCAGUCAUCUGGUGAAGGUUCCUCUUAUUCUGAAAGUUAGUAGCACCUACGACAAACAAAAUCAAGCAAGUGAAGCUUCGAAUCAUAUUUUCGACUUAAUUUAAAUUAUAUUAUGAAAACAUAUAUGAUUGCAGCUUAGCAUUUAAAGAUAGCAACUCUUUAUUCUCUUAACUGCAAGGGCUUAUCUAAUAGGUGGUCAAUUACUGUUUGUGUAGUUACUUAUAAUAUGUGUUCAAACAAAAUGCACGAACUCGGCUUUACGAGACUGUGAUGUGUUCUUUACUAGUCAAACAGUUGGUGUUUAAUCAGUUGUAUGUCAAGAUCUCGUAUAUUGAGACCGGAUUGAAUUCUAUUGUUUUAAGUUUUUAAUUUCUGUGGAUCA